GCACUCACGUCCCUGGCAUCCAUGCUCCUAACAAGUCUGGCAUAUUUUACCAUUUUACUUCAUUAUUUCAGACUUCCUCCAAAGUAGUGGCAUCGUUCUAUUGGAGUUGUCGACGAGGUUCUGGCUGCAUUGACAGCUUUAACGGGCCAUCAUUUUCAGGCAACUUUGAUUUUCAUGGUUCGCUCCAACUACAAUUGCAAGGCCGAGGAGCUUACUUAAAAGAAAGAAUUAGGUCGAUAUCGCAGUCGACUUAAUAACUUCUACCAAUCAUGUCUGGACGCACAGUCUCGAGAGCGAGCCUGGGGAGAUCUGCCCACCUGGGGGCGCUAUACGAUGUCAGGACUGAGAAAUUUCUGAAAGAUAACCUGUUUGUUUCCAGGCUUGAGGAUGACAAGGUGGAAAGCAUGGACAUUGACGAAACAGUGAUCGAGGUUACCAAGUCUGACGAACUCCAGGAGAAGUUCAAGACGCUCGAUGUAGAACCUGAGCUUCAGAUGAGUGUGUUAACUGACAUGGUCAAGCUGAGUGGUUCAGGAGCUUACCUUGGCGAUGACCGGAAGAGUGCUAUGACCCAAAGUAUGAGUCUCAUCUACAAGGUGAAGACGGUCAAUGAAGAAGUCAUGCUAAGUCACAACAGAGGGAUCAUCGACAAGGACAUACUGUCCGAUGCGAGUCUCAAUGCUACGCACGUUGUAGUAGGUAUAGACUGGGGAGUUCAGUGCUUGGUAACUUGUGAGUACGAGAAUACUUCGCAAUAUGAUGUUGCCAUUAUUAGGGAGGAAAUGAAGGCAAUGCUUGAGAAACUUAGGGAUAUUCUGAUUAAAAAGGAAGAGGUGGGUGUCUCUAUCGGAGCCAUGCGGGGCAAUGAGAAGAGAGAGUUUCCUUUCCAAUGUAGAACAGACAUUUCAGCUCCAGAUAAUGAUAUCCCAGUAACGUACGAAGGAGUGGUUGAGCUUAUGGGGUCAUUACCUGCACUUCUAAAAAGUACUAACAACUGCAAAGGGGUCCCUGUAACAUACUAUCUGAUGCCCCUAGAAACUAUCAGAAAAAAGUGUAAGGUGAAAAUAGCUAAGGAAACGACUUACAAGGAAGUCGAUGAGGGCAUGUUGAGAAUGAGUAAAGAGGUCAUGGAGAAAUUAAGGGAGAUAACCCGAAAGAUUUACGAUAUACACAACAACAUGAGUCCAAAUGCUGAUUUCAUUUCCGAUGAAGCACUUGAUAAAAUUGAUGAGGUCUGGCAUGAGGUCACUAUGCAAGAAUCCCGUUUCAAAUCAGUUCUGAAGGUAGAGGUGAAAAGUGUACGAUCGGGGAAAGGCGAUUCAAGCAUCAUGGAGGAAUUCUUGGGCAAGAUGAAGCAUGACGAGUUGUCUGCUUCAAAGUAUGAGGUGGAAUUUGAACCGUUCUUGAAGAAAGUCAGGUUCAUCAGGUCAAUGUUCAGGAAGGGGAUUAAGUACAUUGGUAAGAGAGAAAGACUGGCAAAGAAUGCAAAAGAAAACAUUUUUGUUUUCUACAUCCCCAACGGUAGCGAUGGGGAGGUUUUGGAGAAGAAUCAAGAUUUCUUCAUGCGACUUGUGUCUACAUUCUCAGGUGACGACACCUGUGAAUUCAUUGUGGUUGACCAAGAGAUCGUGUCAAACCGUAUCUGGCCGAAUAAAAUGACAAAGCCAACUGUCGAGAAGUACGAAAAUGGCGUACAUGCUUCGAAGGAUCUUUACGAGGAUGAGGGCCAAUACCUGGAGGUCAGCAUGAUUCAGGUUGCUCAUCCAGAAACUACGACUACCACUCCUCGGGACCGCACAUUUGUCAAAAUUAGAUGUCCGAAUGCCCUCACCGGAAAAGGAAGUUGUGCUGGUGACCCGUCCAAAUGGAGGUGCUCGAAAUGCAAGCAGUUCGUCGAGUACAGCACCAGUACCAAGCUCUUUCACUGCAAAUGCGGAAAGUCAAAUCCCGAGCAUUCCAAAUUCCGCUGCAACGACCCGAAUCAUGGCAUGUAUUUCAUGAAGUACCCUAGUACUCUGUUGAAUGAUGAUCUUUCCCAGCUGAAGCCAAUGAAGGAAGUAAAUAUCCUGAUUCUUGGCGAGACAGGUGUUGGUAAAUCCACCUGGAUCAAUGGAAUUCAAAACUACCUUACCUUUCCUAACUUGGCUGAGGCCAUGAAUUCCCAGGAUUUCCCAGUUCUGAUCCCUUCAUCUUUCACCUUGACCCAAGAUGGUGAGCAAAGAGAGAUCAAGGUUGGAGUCGAGGACGCCAAUGAGGUACAGGAAGUAGGGAAAUCUGCAACCAAAGAGCCGAGAUCGUACGUCUUUACUGUUGGUGAUAGACGAGUGCGAUUGAUUGACACACCAGGAAUAGGUGAUUGCGGUGGUAUCAAGCAGGAUGAAAGAAAUAUGCACAACAUAUUAUCUCACCUUACGUUCUACACUGAGAUUAAUGCAAUAUGCAUACUUCUCAAGCCGAACAAUUCUCGCCUUACUGCAAUGUUCCGAUUCUGCAUCCAAGAGCUGCUCGUUCAGUUGCACAAUUCUGCGAAGAACAACAUUGUGUUUUGCUUCACAAAUGCUCGACAGACUUUCUACCAGCCAGGCGAUACCCUACCAGCCCUUAAUAAGGAGCUUGAAAAGAGAAAUGUCGGGAUCAAAGCAACGAAGGAUAAAUACUUCUGCUUUGAUAACGAACCUUUUCGGUUUCUGGCAUGCAUAAAGAACGGUGUCACAUUCAAUGAUGGGGAUAUUGCCACCUACUCGGCUAGCUGGGACAAGUCUGUCGAAGAAACGGCACGUCUCCUGAAGUAUAUUGAAAGCGGGGUGAAGCCGCACAGAGUAAAGGAGACCCUAGGAAUGAACGAAGCUCGGAGAAUUAUCGUGGCCAUGAGCAAGCCCCUCGCAGAAGUAGCAAAAACAAUCAAUCAUAAUCUUGAUGCAGCAAGAGAAACCAAAACCAAAAUAGGUUUAGCUGACACCGAGAUUGAUUCUUUGAAGGAGGACCUGAAGUUCAAUGGAUAUGACGUAGAACAAAAGGAACUUGGUCAUCCAAUGACGGUGUGUACCGCCCCCGAGUGCAUCAAGUAUGUCCCAAUUGGCCAGACAAAGGUACAGAACACAGUGUACCAGACGAUCUGUCAUGACCACUGUUAUCUCGAGGGUGUACCGGUCGAAACUACAGGUAACGAACAGCUUCAAGAAUGUUUGGCCAUGACCAAUGGAGAGUGUCGUUCCUGUAGUCACAGCUACAUGCAACAUAUGCACAUGACCUAUCAGCUAGAAGUAAUAGAGAAGGAGUUCCUGUCUCAAGAGAUUCAAGAUCAAAUCAAUAAAAUAUGCGACACCAGAACCCAGAAGGAGGCAUUCAUUGCUGAAAUCAAUAAGAAGGUUGGAGAACUGAAAGAAGAACAAAAGAUCAUCAUGGGAACGGGAGCGAAAUUUGGCUCUUUCCUAAAGGCACAUGCCCUGAUUACAUACAAUGAUGCAGUAGGUGACUACCUUGACAUGUCCAUCAAGCAGGAAGAAGUGAAACCAGAUGAAAUUCGUGAUGAGGGUCUCCUGGAGACCUUGAGACAGAUGAAAGAUGAAUAUCACCAACAGCGAGAGAUACUAGACAACGCCAUGGACAAGGGUUCUAGCGAAAAUAUCAAAACACCAGAACAGGUCAGAGAGCUUCAAGAGAAGCUCUUCAAGCUUCCGCAUUUUGGAGCUACUCUUAAGAAGCUGUUUGAAGAAAUCUCCAUUGAGCACACUGCCAAGAACAUACCCUUUAAAGAGAAGAUUGUUCAUGCACCACCUCCAAGAAUGGCCUCUAAACUGAGGAAAGGGGGUAAAAACUUGGCCAAAGGAUUUGUAGACUCUGUUAGUAAGUUUCUACCCCCUUGGCGUCCUUAAAGUAGCCUCAAAACGCAGAGACGGCAGGACCUAAAUAAAUCAGUGGUUUGUGCAUCCAAUGCGUAGUGGACAACACAAUCAGGCAAGCUUUUCAAUCCUUUACCUGCAUAUUUGUCUUUUGACUUAUAUGUUAGAAUUUCGUGGUGAAGGCGUUGGUGCGAAAAUGAAAUGUAGUUUUCCUCUGCAGUUUAAAGAGUGAGGAUAGGAUGACUUUUCCAUUUGGUCAACACAGGUUGAAGCCUUUUUAGGUAUUAACACAUAUUAAUAAACCAUACACAUCCAUUGAAGAAGCAUUAUAUCAUGUAUAUAGGCCUAAAGAACAGUUCCGAUCUAUCGUUUUGGUUAUCCCGGUGGGUGAUAGAUGGGAACAGACACUUCAGUAUAACUUAAAUGUCCACGCGGUUCUAUCAAUCGUUUGAUACCGGUAUGAUCCUUGUCCGUUUUUCUCUUGCAGGAGCUGGUAAACAGAUUUGGUUCAUUAACCCCCUUUAAAGUUUUCUCGUAAGAGUCCUAGAGAGGGGCGGGGGGGGAAUAAAAUCAGAGUGACAGCAUGUUAAAUAGUGAUUCUCUCAAAUCUCAUUCUUUCAAAAAGCAAUGCCUCCACAAUAUCGUCCAAUAUUCCCAUUAUGGAAUAAUAGAAAUAGGAAUAAUCAUGAUUAAAAUGAUAACACACGUUCACAUUUAGGUACACACGCAAAACACUAUCUACAACCGGAAAGUUGAACCGAUAUUAACAUUCAGGUGCAUAAUGACAAAAAUCCAAGACAAACUCGCAGAUAUUUUGUACGGGUUCCCUUCGUUAUUUGGUCCACAUUAUCAGUAACUAUAAAUCUAUAUCGUUUCAUCUGAGUACAGCUAUUUGUAUGCUUUUGGUGGACAAUAAUCUUGGCUGUAUGAAAUUCUUGAACAAAGUGGGGUUUCAUUUCAAUGUUGUUGUUGUUUUUUGCACAUGUCAUGACCGAAAAUGUUCAUUGAGUUUACUGGAGAUUGAUCAUUGUGAGACUUUAAAAAAUGUUCAAUUACUAAAGCACUAUUUCUUAAAGGAUAUAACCUUUAUUCUGUCGGUUUAUUGUCAUUGCAUAUAGAAAACACUCCUCCUUAUCACCAAAAGUCAUCUUAUUUAUUUUGUAGAGAGACAAAAUGGUCCUGAGAGUGUCAGUGAUUAUUGCCAUAAAGGAAUUUGAACUCCCUGGAAUGACUGUUUUAUUUCAUAAAAAUAAACUGAAUAAUUCUGCUUUUAUUAUAUUCAUAGAAUUCCUUUCAUCUAAUGUUUUUGUUCAGUACUGUUAUGUCGAUUUAUUGUGAUUAGGUUUUGCCAUUACUAUGCAUAAAUUCUUAAGCGAAUCACAGUGUGAUAACCUGUCAAGGUUUACUUAAUUGGACACUUUUGAUUGUGAGAAUAAAAACCAUAGUCUUUCAUGGUGAUUUCCAAUGACAUUACAAGAGACAUAAAAUUUCAAUUUUGUUUACUCACACAGAAUAUGCCUAUGUAUUGAGCAUAUUGAGGUUCACUUGAAAACAACUAAGAUUCUUUAUAUAUCUUUGUUAAAUGAAUACAUAAUCCUUUGGUGUCUUUUUAAGUUGCAAUUAUUUCUUGUGGGUGUAUUUUUUUCUCUUUACCUCAUCUCACACAGGAAGAAGACAGUAAUGCGUAUUUUUUUUUUAAAUGUAGGCCUAUGUCUAUUUUUUUUGUCACCGUAGGCAUUUGUUAUAUGUGCAUUUUGUUUUUAGUUUUAAAUAGUAAAGUUAUGAGAGAAGCAAAAAUGUUUCUUUUCAUUUUUUUGUGUAAACGUUUGUUCUUCUGGUGAUAAUAGCAUUUUUCCUUUAACCGUACAUGAGUAUUUGUAGGUUUUACUUUAACAAAAUAAGAGGAAGUAUGCAUUGUAAAUUGUAUACAUGAUGCCAUUGUGAACAAGCGAAUAGUAAGAGGCCUAGCUGUACAUGUAUUAGGAUAAUAUUCACAUGGUGAAUGUAAUUGUGUUACGAACAUUUCUUGUAUAUCUAUUUUAAUCAUUGCCUUCCAUUUUGCAAUUUGAUUCUAUGACAUAAUGUGCCAUUUUCACAGAACAAGUGAAAAUAUGUCAUUGUUUAACACGAAAGGAAGAUUCCUAUCAGAAAGAAAAAUCGUUCGAAAAUUAAUUGUAACAAAAUUGAUCGUUGAAUAAUUUAAUACGUACAGGAACUCCGUCAUUCUGAUAUUACGCAUUCUAUUUCUUCCCAUGAGCGGCGUUGCAGGGGGGCAGGGGCUCUGCCCCUCUGAUUUUUCAGGUACUGAAACGGAAAAAAGGGAACAAUGGAGAAAAGAAAGGGGGAAAGGAAGAACAUGGAAUGAAAAGAUAAUUUAAUAAACAGAUGACGGAUUUUGUGACUCCAUAUAACCCCUCAUAUUCAAUUGAGAAAAAUAUAAGAAUGGCGUCACAUCUAGCCCACCCCUAGCCUCUUGUCGAGGCCCUGGCGGCUGCUUCCCAGGCAAAGCGAGGGAUUUCCUAACUCGCGGCGCUCUGUCUCGCUCUCUCCCUUGCUUCGUCAUGUUCGCUCGGAAAGCAGCCGACAGGGCCUUCACAAGAGGCUAGCCCACCCCCUGCACUCCCUCGUGACGCCCCUGAACUUUGGACUAUGUUGUUUAUUUUUAUUUAAAAAAUAUUGAUUCAAAAUUGAUUUCUCUUUUUAAAAGACCUAAGUAGUCUGACCCUCCGUGUCUCGAACCAUAUAUUUAAAAAAGAUGGAUUUUAUAUCUUCUUUUUGUUUUUGUUGUUAACCUGAAAUAACGUGUUAUGAUAUCUGUUUAGAUUAUUUUUUGUUUGAUAAGAACAUGAUACGCAGUUUGUUGUGAAUGUAUAAGGAUGCAUGUACACGGUAUAUCGCAUCUGGUUUAUUGUUGGUAGCAGGGAAUUGCACUAUAUUUACCAUGUCAAAUGAAUGAUUAAUUUGUUAGGGGAUAAAGACAUGAUUCGAUCUUCCUCCGAUUCGCUUGUUUUUUUUUCAGGCACACUUAACACAGCAGUUGCUGUGGUAUUGAUUGAGAAAAAUUAAUCUUAUUUCUUACAUUUUCAUGUAUUCUGUGAUCUUAUUCCUUCAUAUCUUUAUAACGCUAACGGCAAAUACGAAUCCAAAUUUGUGAGAAUACAUUCGAUAAAAGAUUCCCUUUGCUGUUAGCACAUUCAAAGAACAAUGUUCAUGUGAUUGCACAUGAUAUUUGAAUCAAAUUACAGAAAACCUAAAUAAACGUCUUAAAAGUUAGAAACUCACUAGCUAGUUAGAUGUAUGUGUAAUUCUGAUUAAAAAAAUGCAAAAUGUAAGACCUUGUAACGUGUGAUACUGAACGAAUAAUAUGUUAUUUUAAACAUGUUUAAACUGGUUUUACGCGUGUAAUUAAUUUUGGUGUAUUUACGACAUGCCUAGAUCACGUAGACAGAUUACAAAUGCAAUUAAAAUGAAGUUGUUAAAAAUUA